AUGGCAGCCGAGAACCCAAAGAAUACUUCAGUUCCUGUUGACCUUCUUAUCGCCACGCGUCCAAACAGAGCUGGAGCAAUCCCUGGUUUGCUGGAUGAGGUUAUCGAAGGUGUCAAUAAUCUAUCUACUGGAACCGAGGAGGACCGCAAGGAUGUGGUAGUCAAAUGUCGAGCUUUAGCUAGAGCUAUCGAGACUCCUCGGGAGACGAUGGUUGACCACUGUUGGGGACAGAUGGGUGCAAUCGGGGCGAUAGGGUUCGGAGUGGACUCGGGAUUAUGGGCGUUGAUGGCUCAGAAUGGCGAUCAACCCCAGAAAGUUACCGAUUUGGCCGCGGGCCUUGGGAUUGAUUCCCAACUUCUCAGUGGGCUUCACAUCACCCGUCUCAGAGGUCGUUUGAUGCGGCAUGUUAGUGCUAUGGGACUCCUUAUUGAAGUUGGGGAAGAUGAGUACCAGCCUACAAAUUAUACCAAGGCGCUGAGCCUUCCUCAGAUUGGGCAUGGGUAUCUCGGUCUUACCGCAUCCACCGGUGCAGGAACCUUGAAAUUCCACGAGUUUUCCCGUAAGCGGGGUUGGGUGAAUCCGACAGAUCCCUGGGACACAUCUCUAAUGUAUGCCUAUGGUACCGACAAGAACAUAUUUCCUUGGGUACGGGAUUUGGGGUAUGGAGAUCACCUGAACGAUUACCUUGGUGGUUAUAACCUAGGUCGACCACUCUGGAUGGACCCUAGAGUCUAUCCUGUGAAGGAGAGGCUCAUUGACGGUGCCGAUUCUAGUCCAGAUGCACCAUUCCUGGUGGACAUAGGUGGCAACGUGGGACAUGACUUAGAGAGAUUCCAGAGUCGCUAUCCGAACGCCCCCGGGAAAUUGAUUCUUCAAGAUUUGCCUAUGAUGAUUGACCAGAUCAAGGAUCUAGAUCCGGCUAUCGUCCGAAUGGGUUAUGACUUCCAUGAUGAACAGCCUGUCAAAGGUGCCCGUGUCUAUUAUAUACACUCAACUCUACAUAACUGGUCGGACAAUGUGUGUGAAAUUGUACUUACACGAGUGAAAGAGGCCAUGAAGCCUGGAUACAGCAGACUAUUGCUCAACGAGAACGUUGUCCCGAACAUCGGUGCCCAUUGGGAGACUACGGGACUCGAUAUGAUGAUGUUAACCCUAUUCUCUGCUGAAGAGCGGACUAGCGCAGCGUGGUAUGACUUGAUUGAGAGGAGGGCGGGUUUGAAAGUUGUCAAAAUAUGGGAUGGCGGAAAGGGUGUAGAAAGUGUGAUUGAGUGCGGACUGGUCUAA